AUGUCAGAUGGUGGCGAUGAAGAAGAGACAGACAAACUCGAAGCAGCGACGUCCGAAGUUGGAAGCGUCGUAUCUGAGGAUGGCGCCAACAGCGAUGCUACUGGCAUGUCCGAGGAAGAAGCAGAAGACAAUGCAGCUACAGAAGAGUUUCUGCGGAGAUUCGAGGUUGUGGAAUCAGAUGACUUCUCCGCGGUUCAGAUCCCUCCCAAGCUCGCGGUGCUCAUCCGCGGGAAGUGGCAGGCUUUUCUCGAGAAGUUCCCGACUCGAGAGCAAGCUGGAGAGGCGAUCUACGACAGUUUCAUGGAGGAGGCACCGAGUCUGCGGCCCCUCUUCAAGACUCCCAGGUCGGUCUUCGGCCUGCGUUUCAUCGCCAGCUUCACAAACUUGGUGGCGGAGUGCGACGAUGCGGAGUCACUGAAGAGGCAGGUGGAAACCAUGGGUUUCCAGCACCUAGACUCGGAGGUGACUCCUCCAAGGGUCGACGUCAUCCGCGAUGCAAUUCUCGGAGUGAUGGACAGCGAGCUUGGAGAAGAUGAUCCUCAAUUCGACACGGUUGGCCGAGACGCUUUUAAGGCUCUGCUGAACUACAUCGGGGGUUCGUUCAUCUUCGUGACCCGCGAGUUCGCGGGUCGUAUCAGGGUGAUCCAGCGAAGCUGGAGAAUUGCCAACAGCAAAGAUGCAGAGUUUCCCGACCCUGCCGAGCUUCAAAGCGGAACGAUCGGAACGAUGACGGCAUCAGCCGAGAAUAGACUGCAGGAGAUGCAGCAGAAGAAGCAGAAAGAGGAGGAGGUGGUUCAAGAGAUUGACCCCAACCUGGUGGAGCUAGGCGCGGAAUUCCAAGCCGGAGAUGUGAAGGUGCCAGACACCUUCCCGGAGAUGUGCCUCUUCAAUGCCGCGGUGAUGGGUUAUUCCAACAGCAAAUGGAUGCGGCUGGUAUUGACCCACUGGGACGCCAUGGCUACCAAUGUGGCCAAUACCUACAGACUGCAGGAAGAGUGCGAUGUGUGUUCCUUGGUGCUGGCGAAGUACAAGGGCACGAUCAACCUCUACGAAUUCAAGGCAGUGAUGCUCUCCUCCUUGCGGUCGGUCCUGCCAGCGGAGUGGGACAUGGACCAUGAGGUGGCAUGGAACUGGCUGUGGGAUAAUGUGGAGCGGAUGUUGAAGGCUAUGUUCGGCCUGCCGUCGACAUACGAGAAAGCUAUUCGGAACAUGAUCCUCGACCUCUCGGAGGAGGCUCGGGACCAGUUUCGGAAAGGCGUGUUCUCCAAGUUUUUUGCGGCCUCCCCUGCUGGGUCUAACUGGCUGAAGCAGUCGACCGGUCGGCUCUACUUUAUUGCGGACCGCAUCAUGGAGAUCAGUCUGGAAAUGCUGUCCGAGCCCCAUAGAAUGGUAGACGAGAUCUCUGCCCUGGGGCUUCGUCAUGUAGGUUACGGUGUUCCGACGGAGUUCUUUCCACCGCUGGUGCAUGCCUACGUGGAGGCAAUCCGAGAAGUUCAGUCGAGCGAGGUUGCUGGCGAUGCUUUUCGCUGGUCUCUGAAUCUCGCGGCAAAGAUGCUGGUCAGAGUGAUCCUGGAGGGUUCCACAGUUGUCAUGAAGGCCAUCAACGUGAACUCAGAGCUUUCGCUGAGGAAGGCCAUCGCGGUUGCGCCGCGCGGGAGUCGUGCGAAGGAGCUACUGGAGGUUUCCUGCGGCACUCAGUCGAUUUCCCCACUGUACUGGGCGCUAGAAUCCGGCAGCUUCAACAGCGCGCGGGCCAUGAUCCAGGACUUGCUCACCAUCAGAGCAGACCGGGAUGUGUACUACUACGGCUACGAAGAGCUGUUUCAGAGACACCAGGACUUGAUCCAGAAGCUCUGCAUGAGUGCACCGCUUCUGCUCGACACCUUGUUUGACGGCCUCAUCUGGCGGACUGUGCUUGUGCUGUGGACUUCUGCUAUCGAUCAAGAAUCAGGGCUUCAGGGGUAUGUGGCACGCGGCGCGUGCCUGGACAUCAGUGGUAUAAGCUAG